UAUAUAUAUAUAUCCUCUUCAACCUCCCACAUUCAAACUUUUUCAACCAAGAUUUUUCCCAUCUUCUAACCUCAUUACCACCACCACCCAUUUACUUCUUCUUCUUCUUCUUUCUCUGUUUCUUCUCAACAAUUUCAUAGAAAUUCUUGCAGCUUUUAAAUUACAAAAUUACAAACUACCCACUAUUUUCUCUUUAUGUAAUCUUCCUUAUUUUCUCCUGAACUUUCUCCAUUUAAUUUUCCUUUCCAUUUUCAAGUCAAUUAAAACCGUGUACGUUGCAUAUAUUUUUGAAAACUUAAAAAGCAUUUAAUUCUCUUUAAUGGAUCUGAAUCUAAGUUCAUCUUCUUUUUAUUGAUGAUCAGACCGUUUGCUCGAAUAAAAUUUUUCUGAAAAUACCCAUUUGCUGAAUUUUUUAGCUGUGAUUUGUGUAAAUCUUAUCAUCAUUUACACUGCUUUUAAUGGUUUCAAUUGCAAGUUGUAACAAUUAUAAUUUUCUGAAAAUACCCAUUUGCUCGGAUUUUCACGAAAAUUCACACUUUAAUUGUUCAAUUUCUCUAGAAUAUUUUUAAUUUUUUUGAGUGGAGGGUUUUAAGCAAUCCCUAAAUCUGGGGAAUGUUCUUCUAAUCUGUUCAUCAAUCUCAAUAAAAAAAAUCCCUUCUUGCUAAUUUUUAUAUCUCUCUCCUCUAAAACCUCUGUUUUCCCCUGUUUCAUUCCUUCAUUUAUGCAGUUUUUAUUGUGUGUUUUCAUCCUAAUUGUGUCACCAUAUAAUUUUUCCUAAAUUUGGAAUAAAUUGGUGAAAUGGGUUGUGCUAGUUCAAAGCAAUCAAGAUGUUCUCAUUGCAAAACACAAUAUUCUCCAAUGAGUAGAAGAAGUUUUUCCAUGAAUGUUCAUCAUCCACCAGAGAAGAAAGGGGAUAGCUACCAUGUUGUAGCUCUUACUUCCUCCACUUUAGGGUCUAUGAAGCUUGAUCAAUCAUUCGAUAUCGAAUACAACACAAAUAAGUGGGAUGAAUUUGAGAGAGAGGAAAGUGAUCUUGAUGGUGUUAAGAAGAAUGAUGAAGUGGGUGUUGAGAAAACAAUGGAAUUUACAAUGGGGAUGAUCGAGGCAAAAGCUUGGUCGAAGAUGAUUGAUGAAAAGAUUACAAAGGUGGCUCCAAAAACACCAAUUAGAACUCCUCCUGGAGAGCCUGAAACCAUUGAUGUUAAAGAAUUAAUGGAGGGUCUUGAAGGUUAUAGUCCUCUAAGGCUUGGAGAGCAUCAUGUGAGGAGCUUCUCUUUUCAUGUUUCGGCUGAUUCGAUACCGCCCCUUGUCGAUUCUCCGAGGACUGAUGGAUUCUUGCAAAAUGGAGUGGAAUCCCCCAAGAAUAACACAAAGGCUUGGUUUGAUGAUGCCACUGCCCAAGAGAAGGAUGAUGGUUUGAGUAAUGGGAAUACGAUUUCUAAGGCUAUGGUUGCGGAAUUUGAUCCUGAAGUAAUAUCUGCGUUUAGGAAGGCGCUCGAAGAGUUGUCUCCUACAAACCCAUUUCACUUAAAACCUCGUGAUGGUGUUCGAGAUCAGCAGCAACUGAUCAAGGAUCAUGGGAUGCUGCAAGUCGCCGACAAGUUGAAUGGAGAAGAAAAUGGUUUUGUACAAGAUAAUGGUUUUGCUCAUGUUAAUGGUUUUGUGGACAGGAUAAUAGCCGAGGAUAAGGAUGAUAACUUGAGUCUGCCAGAUAACGAAUAUGGUCCUCAAACUAAUGAGAUUGAAAGUGCUGAUUUAACUAACACUCUUACAAAAGAGCGUGUGAUUUUGUACUUCACAAGUCUAAGAGGAGUGAGGAGAACAUAUGAAAAUUGUUGUUAUGUUCGCCUUAUCCUCAAGGGUUUGGGAGUUAGGGUGGAUGAGAGGGAUGUAUCGAUGCACUCCGGUUUCAAAGAAGAAUUGAGAGAUCUAUUAGGAGAUGACAGGUUCAAGGAUGGUUUACCUAAGGUGUUCAUAGGAGAAAGGUACAUUGGUGGAAUUGAGGAGAUACGAAAAAUGCACGAAGAUGGAAAGCUCGAAAAACUUGUAGAAAAUUGCGAAAGGAUGGAGGAUGAUGGCGGUAGUCUACUUGAUGUCUGUGAGGCUUGUGGAGAUAUAAGGUUUGUUCCAUGUGAAACGUGCUCGGGGAGCUGUAAAAUUUACUAUGAAUGUGAAGAAGAAGAUGAAGAAGAAUAUGAAGAGGAUGAGUAUGGAUUUCAAAGAUGUCCAGAUUGUAAUGAGAAUGGCCUCAUUCGAUGCCCGAUUUGUUGCUACUAAGUUCGUUCUCAAUACCAUAUUAUAUUGAUAUAUUCCUUAUAUGGUAAAGAUGGAUUUACCAAUUCUGUUUGUUUUUGAAAUUGAGAUCUUUGUUGUACAGUAGGGAGUUUGGUUUAUUACAAACAUGAAUUAUUAAGAUAAAUGCUGACUAGUGUUUUUAGCAGGGUACUAACAACCCCUAGUCAUGUUGUGUGGAAAAGCUUCUGUUAUGAAGCAUACAAUACAGAAUAUAUCUGUGCUUUAAUAUGUAGAUCAUAUUCUAAUUUUUAAGGUUGUAUACAUUCUAUUUCACUCAACUGUUCAAGAAAAGAUAAUGCUUCAAUUCUAAGAUUGGUUUUA